CCACCAAAACUGCAGGGGACUGUUGCCGAAAUUCCCUCGGAUAGUGCAACCUCGUCACGUGGCUGUCCUCUGGWGGGGCAGUAAGCGGGUGGAGUGGAGCAGGCCGCGGUGCCCGUCCCUCUGCACUGCAUGGCUGCGAUGGCGCCCGCUCUCACUGACGCCCCAGCCGAAGCUCACCACAUCCGCUUCAAACUGGCUGCCCCAUCCUCCAGCCUCUCACCAGCCAGUGCAGAGAACAACGGUAACGCCAGCAACAUCCUCAUCCACAGCAGCGGCCCCGCCAAGUGCAAGGUCGGCGCCGACGACUGCCCCCUCGACUUCUGCGGCGGCGACCAGGAGCAGCAGCAGCAGCCGCCGCCCCAAACUGACUCCGUGUCCCAGGCCUCGACCCUGGGCAAACUUCAGCCCCUGGUGGCUUCAUAUUUAUGCUCUGAUGUGACAUCUGUCCCCGCAACUAAGGAGUCAAUCAAGCUGCAAGGUGUCCUCAUCAAACAGUCUGUGCUGAAAAGUCACAGAAUCCUGCCCGGCUCCCUGCUCAACGGCGGGGGAGACUUCCUCCUGAGGAAGAGGCAGGCGAUAGAACUGUCCGGUGGUCAGCUGAAAAGCCUCAUGAGUGGCAGCACAAACGGGAGUGGCCAGUCCAUGACGCCCGUCAACGGCCUGGCCAAGAAGCUGGCCACCAUGUCGGGCUCGGGCUGCGUGGUGGCGGUGAACGGUGAUAAGCCUCCUGCCGCCACGGACUCUCAGUCCCAGAACCUGUCGUUGGACUCGGAGACUUUCACCGCUACCAUAUCAGGUCACAUCCAAGUAAAAGAAAGCCUCAAACAGAAGAGUUCCGCCGGAGCUUCUCAGAAUGCAGAUGGGAAUAACCUUGAACCGUCGGUGCUUCAUUCUGCUAGUCUGCCCCCCUUCACCCAGGACAACCCGAGCCCCUCUGAGCGAGUUUGUUUGGACAAGGCCGAUUCUCACACAAACACCAGUCAGGGUUCUGAUAGGGAGAGACCGGGCAGCAGCCAGCAGAGCUCCCCAUCAUGCACAGCUGCACCCAAGCCUCCUCCACCCUGCGGUUCCUCCUCAGACAGCCUCGACGCUCACGUCCGGGAGCGCACGCUCCUAAACAGCAGGCGCCAAGCCGAGAUCGAGAACCGGCUGCGGCGCCUGCGCAAACGCCUUCAGGUGGUGCAGGCCAAGCAGGUGGAGCGGCACAUUCAGCAGCAGCUGGGCGGCUUCUUGGACUCKGCUCUUAGCAGGCUACGAGCCGGCAGCCGCAAGUCGGAGGUGGCCCCGUCUUCGGCGGCGUGGAGGACCGGGCGUCAUUCGUCCUCCAACAACAGAGACGGCCUGAGCCGGUUCCUGAAAAGCGGCUCCAUGCCCCUGGAGCUGGAGAAGCUGUAUUUGAGUGGAUCGGCCAACCUCCACUCAGCAGAAAGCGCCUUUGACUCAGACGUAACGGAAAGUAGCUCCGGCGGGGACUCUGACCUGGAGGAGGAGGAGCUGUCCAGGGUGGACAUCGAGCAGCGACAUGUCAAAAUAUGGAAACGAGCCGAGAGUCGCUACACGGUGGAGCGAGCUGCCAUMAUCAGCCACUGGAACUGGCUCCAGGCCCACAUCUCGGACCUGGAGUACCGCAUCCGGCAGCAGACUGACAUCUACAGACAGAUCCGGGCCGGAAAGGGCUCAGUGGAGCUGGGAGGCGUGGCUCCCAGUAGCUCCGCCCCCACAUGUGGGACAGAAGUGAAGACAGAGGCUGUCAGUACUCAGGACGCAGAGCGGCUGGAAACCACAAGCUCCGCCCACAUCACCAGCACAGAACCGGGUCCGUGGAAAGGUCAGAACGGGCAGCCGGUCAACGGCGUCCUCAGCAGGAUGGCGGACAGCGCUGACCCGAAGCUCCCCGACUCCACGUGUGUGGCGGCGCGCACACGGCCGCUGCUGAGCUGCCGGCGGCGGCGAGUCGUUCAGCCCAGCACGGUGACCAACCUGAACGGGAAGGCCUCCAGGAUGGUUCCGUGUCCCUGCAGGGUGAACCCUGGCUGUGUGAUGUGCGGUGGCUGGCCCACCCCCAGAGAGGAGCCCCUGUACGAGCUGCCCACCCUGGACCGCCUGUCGAGGCUGGACCUUGGCGUCCACCCCAUCCUGUCCUUCCCUGACGACGUGUCGGUGGGUCUGCGGCUGCAGCAGGUCAUGAAGAGUCAGUCGCCCAAGUCUCUGGAGAGGAGCAAACCACUGAAGAAGCUCUCGCUCAAACACAAGCUGUCCUCGUCCAAAGAGAAGCACAAGUUCACCAACUCACUCAUGGCAGUCCGGCUCAGUCACUAUAAGAACCGGGUCGACAAGCAGAGGUCUGUUGAUGGCGGUGUUCUGAGCGGGGCCCGACUGGACAACCAGGGCGGCUGCAAGACRGAGCGUCUCCACGGGCUCUCCGGCCCGUUAGGACCCUACGACAAGAACUACAGCCGCAAGAGGACGAGGGAGCCGUCGCUGGACCGGUCCGACACUUCACCCAAACUGUUCCUGGACUCGAGCAGCCCCUGCAGCACGCUGCCCAACCUGCACCCGUCGCUCCACAGUCCUCUGACCCGCCAGCUGUCCACCUCCUCCGAGAACUCCACGCCGCUCGGGCCCGGCAGCCAGUGCAUCUCCAGCACACCGCACCCAAUCAAACGCCGGCGAGGUGAGAGCUCCUUCGACAUCAACAACAUCGUCAUCCCCAUGUCUGUCGCGGCCACCACCCGGGUGGAGAAACUGCAGUACAAAGAGAUCCUCACACCCAGCUGGAGAUCGGUGGAUAUUUUCUCUCAGCCAAUCACUGAAGAGGAGAACGAACGAGAGGUGGAGGACCUCACAGACGCAGCCUUCAUCCAGCUCCAUCAGCCCUACGAGGACCAGGAGCGGUCUCGUUGGACCUGGAUGGCCCUGGCUCCGGCUAAGAGGAGGGGCAGCAGGUCCUACAAGUCUGUGGACGGGAGGACCACCCCCCUGCUUUGUGGGACCAACCCUCCCACCCCGCAGCCCGCCUCCCCGGACCCGGGCCACUGCCCCUCGCUGCACGACUACAGCCACGUGCCGUCGCCCAUGAGCCCGGCGAGCCCCGACGCCUCGUCCAACCCCCACACGCCCUGCUCCAGGGACUCCCACAGACUGCUGUCCAACGAGGACACCAGGUGUUCCACACCGGACUUCACCUUCGAGGAGCGGACGGUGGCGCCCUGGGAGCGCCGCAGCUUCCCCCUGCUGGAGGACCCGGCCCCGGAGCCCGAGGCCGACCCCGUCAUCAGGCCCAGGAUCCGCAGCAUCUCCGGUUGCCGAGCGACGGCUUACGGCCGCCUGGACUCRGACGACUUGGAGCUGCCCUGCGACGACGACGGCGGGCCCAAAGUCAAGGGCUCCGCCCACCGGUGAGCGACGGGCCCCCGGCCCCGCCCACCGACGGGUGACGGACAGCUCCUCUGUGGCAUUAACAAGCAGAACCUCAAAGCUGAAGAUAUAAAAUGGGUUCCUGUUGUUUGAUAUUCAAACAUCAGUCUAAUUCUUUCACAGUUUUUAGUGAACAUUAUGGAGAUAGCCUUUCCCUUCACUUGUUUUUGUCACAAAGAAAAAAAGAUAAAUGUAAUAAAAAAAAAGGUAUAAAACAAUAUAAAAAGAGUUCUGUAGUAGGCUAAACAAUGUACAUGGGGGCUUUGUGGUGUUUCAUACGUGGCGUGUACACUCGUAGCGCACUAUGUAGCGGACUCCUCAAAAAUAUGGCCAAAGGGUGUUUUCUAUAGUUUGCUUGUAAAUCCCCAUGUACAUUUUUAGUGGAGUGACACAAAACAAAAAAGAGAGAAGAAAAAAAAAAA